AUGGUCUUCACUCUUGGUCCCCCCCUCUCCGUCAUUUUGCAGUGCGUCGUCGCCGCGAUGGCGGGAGCGGUAAUGGGUACUCGGCUGUGGCUGCGCAAGCAUCGAGGUCAGCCCUUCGACAUUAGUGACUACGUGACCAUGCUGUGCAUGUUCUCUCUACUGGUGACUACGACCAUGGUCUCGGUGGUUGGACAGUUCAAUGUGUCGGGGGUACUUAAGAAGCCGGGCGGGCCAACCCCUCAUGACCUUGCCAUCGCCAGAAGAAUCACGCAUGUGUAUGUCGGGUAUACAUACGGGUAUUUCAUCUAUUUCUGGGGUCAGAAAGCAGUCGUGCUUCUCUUCAUCCAACGUGUCUGGGGUGGUCUUCCGUGGCCUCGCAUCUGGAUUCUCGUGGCCUGGGGCUGGCUCACGCUGACCUUUGCCUUUGCGGUCGUCGGCUGGAGCGUGUCCUGCGUCGGGCCAGUGCAUAAUAUCCUCCUGACGGGACACCCGCCGGUGCAUUGCCUCAACGCCAAAGGAUCAUUAUACUCCUAUGUUGUGCAAAACACCUCCAGCGACGUGAUCCUCAUCAUACUCCCGAUCCCCUGGGUAGUCCAGGUCCACCGACCCUGGCGCCAACGCCUCCUUCUGAUCGGACUCUUCUCCAUCGGCAUUCUAGUGGCCGCGGCGAGUCUCUCGCGCGCCUUCUUCACCACCACCAAUCCCAGCAUCAACAUCAUCAUUACCCUCUUCGAGGUGCUCCUCUCGGCGCUGGCCGCCAAUCUCCCGACCAUGUACACUCUGCGGCGACGCAAGCCGCGAGCCCCCUCGGAUCCCGAGUGCAGGAUGCCACCGCACCCGUCUCGGCACCGUCCCCGGCCUCCCGUCCUCACCGAUACACAGAUCAUGGCCGACUCCACCGAGACGGACACGGACACCCAGUCCGAGCGCCGGACGCGCGUGUCGAGCCAGGCCAGCACGGAGCCAUUGGUUCGACGCGAGUUGUAUACAUAG